CCAGCUUCCCAUUUCGAAUUCAAGAUCUACAUAAGGUCCACGAUUUACACCUAUCCAGGAGCGUUAUAUCUUCUCCAGCAUCAUUACCAACAGCAAUAGCGCCCCAACCAAUCCAGACUCGACAAAUACAAUAACCCAGUUUUAAUAUUCCUAUCUGGAUCGAUUCAAGAAAGAGAAAGACACAAUGUGUGGCCAGAUAAAAACCAGCUACAAAUGUCCCGACUGCUCCGACGUAGUCUCCACCAGCAGCGAACGCCUGACGUGCGCAAAGGCAAAAUACUGGGGCUCCUGCGGUGAUAUCCGCUCCGACAACAAGGAGGUUAGCAAGCAGUCUGACAAGUCAUGCUCGAGCUGCAAGAGAAAGAAGGAGGCCGAGGAAAAGAAGAAGCGGAAAGAGAGGGAGGAAGCAGCAAGAAAAUAG